AUGAAGUUUGGCAAGCGCGUACGUAGUUUAGCGUCUCCGGAGUGGACUGCUGACUACGUGGACUACAAGGCACUGAAGCGAGAGAUUAAGCUGUCAUUUUCCGGUACUGAUAAUGCUGACAAACGCGUGAUGUGGUUCCGAUCACUGUUGGAGUCUGAAAUGCAGAAACUCAACGAGACCCACGCUCGAAUCCUCGACGAAUUAAUGAAUCGUGAAUUGAAACCACUGCAACAAACGUUGGGAACUCGGUGGGUGCUUUCGCAUGCCACCGCUCGGUCAUUGUUGCUAGACGUGCUCUCGCUUUCACACAAGGUGGACGCAUUCCGUCGCUUCGUGGUGUUAAACAGCCUAGCCAUCGUCAAGAUCGCCAAGAAAUUUGACAAGGCAACAAACUCGGAGGGUGAGAUUGAAGACAACUCGGCCGCAACGUCACGACUCAAGGCUAUAGUGCUGGAAGGCCUAAAGUGUCAACCAUUCUAUGAUGCAGCAUCGCUCGAUGCUUUGUGCGAUGAAACAGCAGCACUCACUGACCGAGUGAUGUUGUGUGUGUUACCCGAUUAUAACUUCCGCCUCGGGCCGCGAGCUUUAAGGUGCCCAAUAUGUCUUUGCGUGGAUGUCCAAGCCCCGAUUACACUCUCUUGCGCACACACAUUUUGCUGGUCAUGUUUGUCCCAAGCAGCUCAGCAUCGUUUUCGCUCGUGUCCGCUUUGUCGUCGCGCGCAAACCGUCGAUCCUCGUGACUUCGAAAUUGACGGACUAGUGAAACGCUUCAAGCGCACUUACGAAUUCGUGGAGAAAUCUCUAGAUGCAGUUCCGUUGGUUUCGAGCCCCAUGCGGCAGAUUCUUGCAGAGGCGUUCAACGUUAGUAAUGAUUAUCUACGUGAAGUCGAUGAACGGUACGCAGCGCUAGCUUUGUUACCAUCGGCAUCUUUUGACGAGCCACAGCCCACAACAAUUGCAAUCAAAAACCUUAAAACCGACGUGGAGAAGAAGGUGCCUCUUGCAAUUGGUGUAUCCGUUGCUGAGAAGGAGGUGGAGGAAGCAGAAAUGGAACCGCCUUUAGUUUUUGACAAGGGUGACAUGGUCGAAAUUUUUCAUAGCGAGCAAUGGUAUGCCGGUGUGGACAAGUCCCAGCGGUUUGGUCAGCGUACACCACGCCACCUUCUACGCGAGCCACAAGAAGUCCCUGCACCACCUGCAUUGUACAAGUAUGCAGCUGAAGCUUGGCGUACAGCUGCGAGCUGGGCAUUCGAGCCUUUUCGGUGA